CCCUGGCGGCUGUCCCCAGCACGGGAGAGCUCGGCCCGGACGCGGCCCGGGAGCUGAGGCGGACAUGGGCUCCGCGGAGGACCGUGCCUACCAGGCGCUCUGCGACUGCGCACACGGCUUCAUGGUCUCCCAGGUCGUCUUUGCUGCCUGCGAGCUGGGUGUGUUUGAUGUCCUCGCGGAGGCCCCGGGGCCCCUGGACGUGGGCGCAGUUGUCAUGCGGCUGGGCACCAGUUCCCAUGGGACAGAGCUGCUGCUGGACGCCUGCGUGUCGCUGAAGCUGCUGACGCUGGAAACAAGAUCGGGGAAAGCUUUCUACAGCAACACAGAGCUGGCCAGCACCUACCUCAGCAGCCCCAGCCCUAAGUCCCAGCGCCACAUGCUGCUGUACAUGGCCAGGACCACCUACCGCUGCUGGGGACACCUGGCUGAGGCCGUGAGAGAAGGCAAGAAUCAGUACCAGAAGGCUUUCGGCGUUCCCUCUCAUGACCUCUUUACCGCCAUCUACAGGUCUGAGGGUGAGCAGUUACAGUUCAUGCGAGGUCUUCAGGAGGUCUGGAGUAUCAGCGGGAGAAGUGUGAUGACGGCGUUUGACCUGUCGCCCUUCCCGCUCAUCUGUGACCUUGGAGGUGAGCGUCUAACCCUGAUGUCAGAGCUGUGGAGGAGAGCUUCUCCACGCUUGCUGAGAGUCCACGCUGUGUGUCCUCUUGUAGGAGGUUCCGGGGCUCUGGCCAAGGAAUGCAUCUCUGUGUAUCCAGAUGCGAAGGUCACCGUCUUUGACAUCCCAGAUGUGGUGCGGGUGGCCAAGACGCACUUUGACUUCCCAGAGGAGGGACGGAUUAGCUUUCAGGAAGGAGACUUCUUCCAGGACCGUCUCCCGGAGGCCGAUCUGUACAUCCUGGCCAGGGUCCUGCACGACUGGGCGGACGCAAAGUGCUUGGCGCUGCUGGCCCGCAUUCACCGCGUCUGCCGGCCAGGCGGUGGCGUCCUUGUGGUGGAAAGUGUCCUGGACGAGGACCGGCGCGGGCCCCGCACCACACUGCUCUUCUCCCUGAACAUGCUGCUGCAGACGGAGGGCCGGGAGCGGACCCCGGGCCAGUACCACACGCUUCUGGCUGCUGCUGGCUUCGGGGACUUCAGGUUGAGGAGGACGGGCAGCGUCUAUGAUGCCAUGUUGGCCCGCAAGUUGCUUCCCCUGGGGCCUGCAGCUAGUGUGAAGUCGCAGCAGUUGUAAUAAAGAGCAAAGUCUCCCGUGCUUCCCAGUCUUUUAUAGCAGAGCCACGCAGUAUUUCUGCAGACAAUACCCAUGGCUGCAAACUCUGUGGCUUUAUCUUUGGAAAUUGCUGGAUCACGGGGCGCUGAGCUCCUCGGUGGAUCCAUCAUGGGUGAGCUCCC